AUGCGAAAAGUCGCACGUCCAGUACGUUGCGCUUUCAUCCCCGAGCCCAAGAUCGACUUGGAUCGCCAGAUCCUCGCACCUUCGCCUUUUUCCUCAACUCGUCGACAAGUGAGCGGUUCCUUUAGAUUGGCCGCCGACGCUUUCUCUCGCUUCGUCGCUUGCUCCCGCUGGCCAGCUUCGCUCCACUCGCCGCCGAGGUCCUGAGCACGACCUUGAGGACAUCGCGCAUGGAAUUGAACUCGUCGGUGGCGGCCUUGGCCCAUACUGGAAGCACCGCGUGCAGCCGUGCUCCAGGACAAUAGACAGGAUCAAACAAUAGUAAUUCACUAGAACCACCGGUCAGUGAGCUGGCGAAAGCCAACGGAGGUUCUAGGCGCGCGCAAGCUAUUCAAUCAAGUCCAAAGCUCCAUCGCCUUCCAUAAUACCUCGGGCAAAGGCCUCAGGCCUUGCACAUACCUCACGUUUGUCACUAGACAUUGCCUCGCGCCAGAUCUGUGGGUCGCUGGUGAUGAACUUGACUGGCUGAAUGGCCUCGCCCACCUCCCCUCGGACAUUCAGCAAUUCCUCGCCGCACCCGUACUGACGGCCGAGUCCACCCUCUGUACAGCAACCGUCCCCUCGUCCCGUGUGCUCUCCUUCUACCAAAACGACCUCCCCGCCCUCCCCAGUCGCUACCACCUCGACGACCUUCACACCCACCUCUCCCACAACUACUCACAACUCGAAUCGAACCAUUCCUUCAUCGAAUGGUGGUUCCCACUCCGAACACCCGGUGUGAACGCUCAAGCACCUUUACUCACCUCGAACCCCAACGAACUCAUCGCUUUGAGGACCGAUCCGGAGGUGCAACGUCGGUUCAGGAACAGUUACGAGAUCAUGUUGGAUUUUUAUGGGUUCGCAUUGGACGAUUUCGAUUCGGGAAGGAUCAAGAGAACCGAACACUAUGAAGCGAGGUAUCGUAAUCUGGUAAAGAACAGUCAUAAUUGGUUACGCCUAUCGAGGAUCCUCGAAAGUUGUGCAGAGGUAAGUGGCGUUCCCCGACCUUGAAAAAAGUGUCGCGCAAGCCACAACCAAAAAAACAAAAAAAAACCCGUUUUCUUAAAACUCGCUUGUUCCUGCUGCUCCUCCCGCCUGCUGCUCCUCCCGAACCCAACACCAGUUUGGCCUCGAAUACUCCCACGCAGCUCCACUCCUCUUCAUCUUCGUCGAACAAAACCCGUCCUCCUCGAACGGACUCUUGAGCGACCGAAGCUUGAUCCGAUCGAUGGACCAAUACUGGAGGUAUUGCAUUCGCAAUGAAGAGGAAAGGGAAUGGGUUGUCAGGGUGAUCGAUGAGGUUCGCAGAGGGGAGAGGGAAUGGACGCAGACGGAGUACGAGCAGGCGAUUGGGAGGAGGAAGGUGACGGGUACUUUCAGGGAGGACGUACAAGCGAAUUGA